ACCCCCUGCACUCAUUGCGAUACAUGCGAGUCCUCAAAUCUCUUUGGAAACCGAAAAUGGAUGAGGCAGUCAAGAACAUGCGUCUGAGAGAGUGGAUGAUAGCGCAGAUAGACAGCAGAAGUUACGCUGGACUCACCUGGGAGAACGAGGACAAAACUAUGUUCAGGAUCCCAUGGAAACACGCGGCAAAACAAGACUAUAUUCUAAAUGAAGAUGCAGCACUAUUCAAGGCAUGGGCAGUGUAUAAAGGGAAGUAUCGGGAGGGAAGCGACAAGGCAGACCCCACCACUUGGAAGACGCGUCUUCGCUGUGCCCUGAACAAGAGCACUGACUUCCAGGAGGUCCCAGACCGUAGCCAGCUGGACAUCUCAGAGCCCUACAAAGUCUAUCGCAUCCAGGCUGAGACGGAGACAGUCCGAGACUCAGAAUCACCUCGGACGGAGAGUAAGGUGAUCGUUCGGGCCACCCACCCGGUCGCUCCGCAGAGGAACACCCACAAUCCACAGUUUGGCUGCCAUAGGGAAUCGGAGGCCAGGGAGGCGGGAGUCCACGCUGGCGAGGGUGUGGUGGGGGAUCACGUUUAUUAUUGGCCCAGCACAGGUAGUCCUCAGAGGGGCAGCUCCGUUCCCCUCUCCCUAGUCAACCCUAUGACCUUGAUUUCUGACUUGUCUGUUCGGGUGUGUCUGUUCUACCAGGGCCAGCUGGUUGUGGACGUGACCACCAGCACCCCAGAUGGCUGUUUCAUCCUGCACGGUCAUGUACCCGUCGGGAAUGAAAGGAUUUAUGGCCCCUGCUCAGCCCAGCAGGUCUUCUUCCCGCCACCGGGGGUCGUCCCCCUCCCCCCCGGUAUCGCUGAUGCAAUGGGCCGCUUGCUUGGCCACCUGGAGAGGGGUGUCCUGGUGUGGGUGGCUCCAGACGGGGUGUUUAUCAAGCGGUUCUGCCAGGGCAGGGUGUACUGGAAAGGACCUUUGGCCCGGCACACGGACAGGCCCAACAAGCUGGAAAGAGACAAAACCUGCAAGCUGCUGGACAUACCCGUGUUCUUGAAAGAGCUCCAGGACUACCUCCAGGGGACGGGACCCAAGCCUCAAUAUGAGAUUGACCUCUGCUUUGGGGAGGAGUUUCCGGAUGCCAGCCAACCGAGAAGCAGGAAGCUGAUCAUUGCACAGGUAGUGCCACUGUUUGCUGUCAACCUACUGCAGAGGUGCCAGACGUCGUGGACAGAGGAAAGACCCCACCAUCAACACAAGACCAUGGCGGUGGUGUCACAGGGUCAACCCCGCCCCUUCUCCCAGUGCUAAGGAACCCUGGAGCUCCUUCUGAGUAACCCUGCUGGAGGAUCCCCUGUCCACCUAGCCAGCCAAGACUAGGUGUGAGUGGGCACAAUGGGGUCAGUAGAAUGGAUAAAACCAAAGAACAAAUCAACAUGACGUGGAGAGAAAGGUGUGUUUGGAACUGAUAUGUCCAGCGGAGUUGACUUCACUUACAGCUAUUUAUUGUUUUGCCUUGACAAAUGUAAUCUACAAAGAAAAAUAUAAUAACAUUGCCAUGUCGAUUUCUUUUGUCAGCAUGAUUUUCAUUUACUAUUAAUGUGUUGUGUGACAAUGUUUGUACAGUAUCUUGAAAAAUGUGAACAGUUGAUUCUUCUUCCUCCAUUUACCUCAUAAUCAAUAUGUGAUUGAAAUUAAAUGUGCAAGCAGACUAGUAACUGUACACAGGUGCUGGUCAUGAAAUUAGAAUAUCAUCAAAAAGUUGAUUUA